GCUUUUUGUGUCAUAAAUAGACAUACCUCUUUACUUAGGUUUCUGUGUUUUUUUUUUUUAACAAUUUCCCUGUAUUUAUUGGAUAGUUAAACAUGUCUUCGAGCCACGCAAAAGACUCUACCUUUUUGGGUGGCAGGAUACCGCCAGAAAUUGAGUCAAUGUCGAGAAACCUGAAGGAUGUGGAUCAAGACUUGUUCAGAAAAUUACUCAAAGCUGUGGUCAGUGCUCUGGAGGGGAAGGACUGCAGAGAAGUGAUGAAGGCAAUAGCAGAGAGCAGUGUCAUCCCUCAGGAGAGGCUCAGCCACAUCAUAGCAGGGAUGCACAGACUUCUGUCCGAGGCCAUCCGCAUCCCCACAACGCUACUUAAACAAGAGGCCUUUAAAGAAGACCUGAGAGAGCUGAGGGUACCUGAGGACUUCAUCACUGAUUUCUCCAGCGUGGUUUUUGGGAAUCGACGUACAGCUCUGGAAGUUUCCACCUCACAGAACGAUCCUCACCUUCCAACACUAGAAGAAUUUAAAUGGAGAGUGGACGUUACCAUUUCUACAAACUCUUUAGCCAGAGCCCUGCAGCCGUCUGUUUUUAUGCAGAUGAAACUAUCAGACGGGAGGUUUCAUCGCUUUGAGGUCCCUGUGUCUAAAUUCCAGGAGCUUCGUUACAACGUGGCUUUGAUUCUCAAAGAGAUGAACGACUUGGAGAAGAGGAGCAUUCUCAAGAUUCAAGACUGAUAAACAUCCAGGCCUCAUUCAAUACUUUCAUUUGUAUUCUUUUCUACAUUUUGUUCCUUUUUGUUUUGUUUUUCAGUGUUCUUAUAAAAUAAUAUAAAAGUGAGGAUCUGCCUGUUAUGAGCUUAUUCACUGACUGUGUUGGUAUCCAACGUACUCGACUAAGUGCAGGAAGACAGAUGUUAUUUAGCCAAUAUUUACACAGAAAAUCUGACUUUUUCUCUGUUUUUCUGUACAUAUUGGCCAAAAUACAUGAAGUGGUUCCAUGUGAUGUGACUGACUGGACAUGAAAAGUAAUAAUAAAAAGGUUUUCUUCUA